AUGGUAAAGGCUACUCCGUACAUCGGACAAUUGCCAGUUGACGGCGGCAAAAGUGUACCAACAUAUUACGUGAGUAAAUUGAGUGAACCAAAUCAUGACACUCCUCGGAAUACCACAUGUGACAAAUGGUUCACAUCUAUCGAACUAUUCAGCCAGAUGAAGAAAAAUCAUGGACUGACCAUGGUUGGAACGAUCCGAAAAAAGAAGCGUGAAAUUCCGCAUUCUUUGAAAUGUAUUUCUUCGAUUGGUACAACCAGAUAUGGAUAUAGCGAGGAUAAUAUUCUGCUUUCUUUUUGUCCGAAAGUGGUUUUGAUGUCGUCCUCGAAGCACAAGACGAGAAAACAAUGCGCAGACAGCGAUAAGCCAGAGAUGAUUGUUUUCUACAAUGUGGGGAAGAUCAUGAUCAACUGUGCUCGAAAUACAGGUGUGUUCGAAGAAGCGUGCAUAUCAUAUAAUCUCCGGAAAGAAGAUGACAGUUUAGACAGUCGAGCAUUUUUAAAAAACCUUGCGUUAUCGCUUACCAAACUAACCAGAGCGCACGACACAGCCUGGAAUUCAUCAAUUGCUAUUAAUAUCUGCGAGGUGCUUCUUACCAACGAUGCAAAUCGACCUGGUGUAGAGGUCGGUUCAAAUAAGUUGAAGAAGGGAAAGCGAUAUUUUUUUCCCUGA